AUGGACACCAUCAUCAUCAGCCUAUCGCAGUCCAUAUGUAGGCCUCUCCCAUUGUGUGCCACUUCGCCCAGUUCUCUGCUUGUCGCAUCUCUUUGCUGCCAGCAGCCUUUCGCAGAUCGCAGAAAGGUGAAAAGUUUCUGCGUGGGCAGCGAAGGAGGAGCGUACGAGGGCCGUGGAUGGGAAGUCAUAGGCAUCCACGCGCCGCAGGCCAAUAACGUCAGCAUCGGAAUUUGCCUUAUCGGAGAUUGGAGGUAUGAACUACCACCACAAAUCCAGCUAGAAACGACGAAAGCACUAAUAGCCACAGGCUUGAAACGAGGCAUCAUCAGCCCCCAUUACAAGUUGAUCGGUCACAGUCAAGCCACGACCACGGAAUGUCCUGGCACUGCUUUGCUGGACCACAUUGCGACGUGGCCUCAUUACGUACCUGGAAAAAUUGACUUUUAGUAAUAAUAUGUACCUAUUAAUAUAUUUGAAACUUUAAAAAAAUCGAACUCUAUAGUUUGCUAAUCCGUUUUAUUUUCAUUGGAAUUAUUUAUUCAAAGUAUAGGAAGUUUUAUUGAAGUCAUUUA